GGCUCUUCCAGUAUCUUACUUGUCAAGUUUUUCACCGUUGAUACGAUAAAACCAAUGUUUCUAGCCGUUGAUUAUUCAGAGAAAUUACUCGUGGACGCCGUAAUUUUCGUGUUUAUGAUUCCUAAUUAAAGCUCAAAAUAUUUAUAUUUUAGAUUCUGUGUUCUUUCUGUUUUGUGCGAUUGUUCCAGAAAUCACUAGAUCUGUAAAUUGAAGAUUCUGCAUGCGUUAUCUGGGAAGUUUGGUGUAGGUUUUGCUCUGUCCAUAAAGUGUUUGUGCAGUGAGAGCGUAAGUCUUCACAAUCCCUUAAAAUUCUCACUAGAAACUUGGCAUGGGAGUGGUAACUGCUUCCAGCUCAGCUGCUUGUACACCACUAGGAUUGAGCACAAAAUUUUCAAAUUACAAAUCCACCGUAAAAAGACCAUUGAUUGUGGCAUUUAAAGAAGAUAAAUCCAAUAACAUAGCUUUGAUUGCACCUCGUGAGCAAAUCCCAUUGCCUAUAGAGACACCCAAAGGGAAGAAGAGAAGAGGAAAAACUACCAAUGAAGUGUCUUCAAGCACCUUGGAAGUGGAUUACAAUGAAGCUGCCGCCAAGCUCGAGAAUUUAUACAAGAUUAGCCCUGCAGCUGAUACUUCUGAUGUGGAUGUAAAUGGCUUGAUUGGGAAAGGUCUUCGAAGGAAAAGGAAAACUGGUGAAGGUGACAGGAAAGCAGAAAAUAGAGCUAGUGAAAUCGUUGUUGGGAACCCUGCGACGAAAACUAAACGAUUGAGCCUUGAUAAAAGAAUUGCAAUGAGGAAGACCAAGGAAGAGGAAAUGGUACCUUCAAUUAGGAAGAAAACAGAUGCUAAGGAUGAGAAUGAAAAGAUUGAGGAACUUGUGAGGGUGUAUUCUGCUUCAACUGAUUUGGUUAGCUUGGAUUGGAAAAAAAUGAAGAUACCUCCAGUUCUCCCUUCAACAGAGCAUGCCUGGUUAUUCAAGUUAAUGCAACCCAUGAAGGCACUCCUUCAAGUGAAAGACUAUUUGCAGAAAAAUUUGGGAAGAGAACCAACUGAAGAUGAAUUAGCUGAGGCAACAAAUAUGAAUGCGGAGCAAGUAAGAAAACAGAUGGAAGUUGGUCGAGCUGCAAGAAACAAGCUUAUCAAGCACAAUCUACGCCUUAUACUGUUUGUAAUCAAUAAAUAUUUUCAAGACUUUGCUAAUGGCCCAAGAUUUCAAGACCUUUGUCAAGCAGGAGUUAAAGGACUUAUUACAGCAAUUGAUCGCUUUGAACCCAAAAGGAGAUUUCGGCUCUCCACAUAUAGUCUUUUUUGGAUUAGGCAUGCCAUAAUACGAUCAAUGACACUCUCAAGCUUUACACGUGUCUCAUUUGGCCUUGAAUCAGUAAGAGUGGAGAUCCAAAAGGCCAAACUUGAGUUGUUGGUUGAGCUUCAAAGACAACCAACAGAGGAAGAGAUUAUUGAGAGGGUGGGAAUCUCCCCUGAGAGGUAUCAUGAAGUAAUGAGGGCUUCAAAACCUGUUUUCUCUCUCCAUUCGAGGCAUGCAGUUAUCCAAGAAGAGCUCAUCGAUGGGAUUGCUGACAUUGAUGGAGGUGAUAACUGGAGGCAACCAGCUCUUCUAAGGCUUGCUCUUGAUGAUGUGCUUGAUUCUCUAAAGCCAAAGGAGAGCCUAGUGAUUAGACAGAGAUAUGGACUCGAUGGUAAAGGUGACAGAACAUUAGGGGAGAUUGCUGGUAACUUAAACAUCUCAAGAGAAAUGGUUAGAAAGUAUGAAGUGAAGGCGCUCAUGAAACUCAAGCACCCAGCUAGAGUGGAUUAUCUUCGCCGUUAUGUUGUCUGAACUAAUUAACUUCACAAGGUUUGCUUUCAUUGCUUAUGAUUAUUCAUCACCAGUUGCUGUAUACUGAUGACAUGUAUCAUAGUCAUUCUAACUACAUAAAUUAAAUAGAGAAAUCCCAUACAAUGUAAUAUACUUAUGCAGAACUUGGAGAUUUCAAAUCACCACAUAUACAUAUCAUAAUGUCACUCCUUUAUAAUCUGAUAAUCUCUUUCACA